CCCCAGUGGACAUUAUCUUGGAUUCUCGGGAGGAGCGCGCGCAUUGGAAAAUCAAGAGCUGGCGAAACGGCACUGCUUGGAAAUCAGUCGCCUGCCUUUGCCCGACCGGAGAGAAUCUCGAAUCGCUCGAAUCGACCUGUCGAGGAUUUUGGCUUCUGGGUGCUGAGCAGCCAAAAUCGCAGAGCGCAGAAAUCGAAUGGGAAAAAGCGCUGCCGUUGCGGGGGCCCCGAGAACGAAGGAAUAUAAUAAAAUAUGGCCGAGGGCGAGAUGUGAAAAUGUGAAAAUGCCAGUCCAGGCCAUUUGAGUGACCACGAAAAUUGCAGUUUUUCCCGAUUCGUUUCCACACAAGAAAGAAAAAAUCAAAGCACAAGCAAAACAAUUUCGGGGCGAAUGAAAAAAAUAUACACACAAAUACACACAUUUCGAUUCCAAUUCUAGUGGCAAAAAUUCGUAUGUACUCGUCGUUGCUCCUCAAAAACAUACAUACAUACAAACGCGUCCCCCUUUUCCCGCCCACCCAAUCGCCCAAAAAUCCUCAAAGAAAAUACGUGUGUGCUUCUCAGUGAAAAUAUGAACGGAAGCGUUGGUGAAACAAUAAAAAAAAGUAUUCAUAUAGAUAGCUAGAUUAAGGCAAUGGUCAAAAACAACAAAGGAACAAAACCAGCUGAUUUGUGAUAAGUGCAACGACCAAAAAUCGCAGUCGCCUCGAGUUACAAGUGCAAUUGCUGGGUUGCCUACAUGUUGCAGCUGUUGCAGCAACAUCAGCCCAAGUGGAGAAAAUCACGCAUACGCCCCAUCCGCCCAUCGGGCCAAACAAUGCGCUCCACUUAGCCAAGUUGCGUGUCAAUGUGGUGGACUCCCCCCCGCAACCACACACACUCACACACACACGCACACUCACAGGCACAGGCAGAGGCAGAGGCACAUUUGUACAUAUAUAUCAGUGUAAUGACUAGCCCAAGAAAUAAAUAAAGGCCAGAACAACAACUACGGGGGCAGCUCCAGCUGCUCAUAAAUUUCGUAACGCUUGUGAAAUGUGCCCCUUGGUGCACGGGGCCAUUGAAUCGCUAGAUUUUCGCCAGUAAAUCCAGAGCGGAAUAUGUAAAUGCCGUAGGCGCCACCACCCGCGCACCAUCAACUCGCUAAAAACGCUCGCACCACCAACCCCCAAAAAAACAAGCCCACGCGAAGUUCAAAAUCAGGAUCCAGGAUACGGAAAACUACUACUCCAAAAGGUUAUCCGAAAAGUCGACAAGAAUUUCUGGAAUUUUUGGUCAUGUAAAAUCGCCCAAAGAAAAGCUAAGAAAAAAUAAACCAAAACGAAAACUAAAAUCAAGAGCAGCAGAGCGAGAGGGAGAGUGCGAGUGAGAGGAGAAGAAAGAGCGCCAGAGAGUGGGAACUUUCGAUAAAAAAUUAUUAGCAAAAACAUAAAUACGUAACGGCCUCCUCGUCCUCCCUUUCGUCGCCUUCCCCCAAGGAAAUCGGGAAAGAGAAGCCGAAUCGAGGAAAAGAGCACGCGAGCGAGCGGGUGAGUGGGUAGGUCAGUGGCAGUGGGCGGUCCGCCAGCUGGGGCAGCACCACCAUCACCACCCAUCUCCAUCUGCACCUCCUUCCACCUCUUCUACGUCCAUCGGCAUCGGCACCGCCAGCGUCAACCUCAACUUUCAAAGGGCAGGUAGCGGCAUGUCCUGCACCGUUUCGGAGCUGCCCAGUGGCUGUCGACUGCGCGGCAUGACUGCAUCCUCACAGCAAAGCGCCGCCAACAACAGUGGCAACAAUGGGAACGGCAACGGGGGAGGCGGCGGCGGAGUGGGGGGCGUCGGCGGAGGAGGCGGCAUCUCGCCCACUGUGGGCGGCAGCGUGGGAGUAGGCUCUACGGCCAACGUGCUGCAGGAGUCCAACGCGGCCACGUUGCAACGGCCGCAGUCGCAGAAGCCGUGCUGCUUCUGCUGGUGCUGCUGCUGCUCCUGCUCCUGGGCCAAAUGUCUGGCCAUCAAGAAUGCGGAUGAAAAUGCCCCCACGAAGCGAGAUCUCGUAAAUGCCGAAUUCCUAGAUGGCGAGCAACCCACACUGGAGGAAAUCCGUAGCUGGGGAAAGAGCUUCGACAAGCUGAUGAAGAGCUCAGCUGGUCGAAAGGUGUUCCAGAACUUCCUGCGCAGCGAAUUCAGCGAGGAGAACAUCCUGUUUUGGCUGGCCUGCGAGGACCUCAAAAAGGAGAACAGUGCGGAGCUCGUGGAGGAGAAGGCGCGCCUCAUCUACGAGGACUACAUCUCGAUCCUGUCGCCCAGGGAGGUGUCGCUGGACUCCAGGGUACGCGAGAUCGUCAACCGGAACAUGAUCGAGCCGACGACGCACACCUUCGACGAAGCUCAAAUCCAGAUCUACACACUGAUGCACAGAGACUCAUAUCCGAGAUUCCUAAACUCGCAAAAGUUCAAGACACUCGCUCAACUGCAAGACAACUCGAAUGCCGGCUCCAAGGCGGACAGUCCCACUUAGAGAGGAGGAUCACUGAUGCACUGGGUAUCCCGGACCGGAUGUGGAUCGUAUUCAGUUGCGCUGUGUCGCCUUCCGUUGCUGCUCUCCCUAAGGGCAUCCCGUCUGGCUCUCCGCCCCCGCCGCUGCUGCAAUCGACUAAGCAAUAUGUACCCAUUAGUAGAACCCUUUAAGCGUUUUGCGCGCAGCCCCGAAUCCCCGAAUUCCCGGAUCCUCGGAGGGGCGGACGUCGGCCAGAUGAUAUGCAUUGCAUUGUACGUGCAACGGAUUCCUUCUCUCUACCCACGUUCUAGUCGUUAAACAAACCAAAGAGUUAAGCACCACGCCACACAAUUUGUUUACACCGAGGAGCUGGUUCGACCACAGCAAGCAUUUUCCAUAAACAAACAGCCAGAAAGCUAAUUCGAAACGAGCGACACAAAUAGCAUCUAUUGUAAUACUAGUGAUCUAAGAGACGUAUUAAUCAAAUUGCAACAAAGAUUACGGAACCCGCUAACCGAUAAGUAAAUUUAAACGUAAUCAUAAACCGCAACGUAACAGAAAUACUUUUUCCAAAAAAAUACCAAAAAAAAAACAAGCAAGAAAACAAAAAAAUCUUUUUAAACGUAUUACAUAAAUUUAUAAAAUUAUAUAUACACACCAGCAUAUAUAUACGGAUAUAUAGAGACAUUUAACUUGACUAGUUUUGAAAUCGUUUUAGGUCAUACGAGUAAUGACAUCGAAGCAUUUUGUAAAUACCACAGCAGACGGCAACACUUUCUACUUUCUUAUGAAAACCCAUUGAGGAUCGAGUCCUUUCUUAAGCAAAUCUCACAAAGCCCCAUCUUGAGCUGUACUUCGAGCCAGACCAGAACAGACCAUAUGCCCUAUAAAGUCUAACCCGUAACCGAAACCGAAACCGAAACCGAAACAGAGACCCGAAUCCAAAGCAAAUGCAUAAAUAACGUGUACUAUAUUAUUUCGAUGUCGAGCUGAUUUCCAAGUCGAAAGAAGAACGUUUCGCAAUAUCACUGCCAGCAAAAACAAAAAUCAGAAGUUCGCAAGAGAAAUAUCCUCUUAUAAUGUAUUAUGCAAUUGUUUUUCUAGAGAAGCGGAAGUUCCAAGAGUUUCCCCCACAUUAUCCCAUUUCUGCAUUACAAAAUAUAUAUGGAAAAACAGUAUUAUAAAUAACAAAAACGCGAAACACAAAAGUAUGGUUACAUUUAAAUUUUAGCAAAAAGUUGUCGAAUUGAAAACUAAAAACAUAAAAAUAAAAAAAACAAGAGUUUAUAAGUGAAA